AAAACAAAUCCAAGUCAACACGUUAAGACGAAGCAAGGUCACCGAGUAACAAAGAAAUGUGAUGAGCAUGAAAACGACGUCAAAACAACUGGACGUCAAUUGGGGGGGGGGGCAGAUCUUUCAAGUCAGCCAAUCGGUGACGUCACCUGUUUGUGACGUUGUCGCCUUUACAGUCUGACAGCCAGCAGGGAGAAAGAAACACUUGCUGUCUCUCCAGGCGCGCAAGGAGGGGGAUUUUUGAUUUGUUUCUUUUUUUCAUUUUUAUGCUCAACACCGACAGACUGAGAGCUGACAGUCAUGGGAGCUUCUCUUAGCUUGACACAAUGCUUGUGUCGGAAUUCCAUAGUGACCAGGAUUAUUUACGCUUGGAUCCUGUUGCUGGGGACCGUCGUGUCCUGCAUCAUGCUGUCACCAGGGGCCGAGAAGCUUCUUAGACGAAUCCCAGGCUUCUGUGCAGAUGGGGCGGGCUCUCCUCUGCCUGGCAUCCAAGCUGAUUUCAACUGUGACAAUUUUUUGGGGUACAAGGCAGUCUACCGUGUCUGCUUUGGAAUGAGUAUGUGGUUCAUUUGGUUUUCCAUUCUUUUCGUUAACGUCAAGAACACCAGAGACCCGCGUGCUGCCGUCCACAAUGGAUUUUGGUUCUUUAAGAUUCUUGGCCUGAUCCUAGUUAUGGCCGGUUCCCUUUACAUUCCAGAUGGUAAAUUUACGUACGGUAAGCUCCGAAUCCGUAAACGAUCACAACAAUUGAUGUCUUUUUUGGUAUGUAUUUUUAAAAGGCUUGCCUUUGCUGUUUUAGCUUGGUUUAUUGUGGGCUCUGGUGGUGGAUUCUUCUUCAUUGUGAUCCAGGUGGUGCUGCUGGUUGACUUUGCCCACUCCUGGAAUGAGUCCUGGAUGGACAAAAUGGAGAAAAGCAACUCCAAAGUUUGGUAUGCAGCUUUGGUGUUGGUCACCAUCCUAAACUACCUUGUGUCAUUCAUUGGCGUUGUCCUCUUCUACAUCUUCUACACUAAACCCGAUGGCUGCGCCAUCAACAAGUUCUUCAUUACCUUCAACAUGUUGCUCUGCUUUGGGGCCUCUGUCAUCUCUGUGCUGCGGAAAGUACAGGAGUAUCAGCCUCACUCUGGUCUUCUCCAGUCCUCCAUCAUCACCAUGUACACCGUCUUUCUAACCUGGUCCGCCAUGAGCAACGAACCAGACCAGUCAUGUAACCCAAGCCUGAUCAGUAUCGUUCAACAGAUAACAGCGCCCACAAUGGCUUCUCUCCAGAUUGAAAACACCACUGCCGUGGUGGUGAUUGAUGGCACGGAGGAACCCGUCCCCUCAACGCCUUACCUACAGUGGUGGGAUGCGCAGAGCAUUGUGGGCCUGGCUUUAUUUGUCGUAUGCAUCAUCUACUCCAGCCUUCGCUCAUCCAGCGCCAGCCAGAUGAGCAAACUGACCAUGGCCUCCAAAGACUCGGACAUCCUGGCCGAGCGUGGCAGUCAGGAAUCGUUGGAGAAGGAGAGACAGACGGAGGACAGCGAACAAGACCUGGUCCAUUACAGCUAUUCCUUUUUUCAUUUCAUGCUCUUCCUUGCGUCGCUUUACAUCAUGAUGACCCUCACAAACUGGUACAGUCCAAACGCAGACUACACAGUCACCAGAAAGUGGCCAACAGUGUGGGUGAAGAUCAUCUCCAGCUGGUUGUGUUUGGCCCUAUACGCCUGGACCUUGGUGGCUCCCAUAAUCCUCAGCAACAGAGACUUUGAGUGAUUUCCAGAGUGGACCUUCCUUCACGGGAGGGAGGGAGGGAGGGAGGGAGGGAGGGAGGGAGGG